AUGUCGUCCCUUGCAGUUACGCGACUUGGAAACGUAGCUCCGUACUCGUGCAAACUCCCUUUUGGCGAUGACCCGACCACACAACCUCAACCCUCAGCCAGCACCCCCGCCAUCUCCUCCCUCCCAACCCUCCUGACGACCACAUACCUCCCCAGCACCCCGUCCCACCUGUCAGCCAGCAGACACGCCAGCAGGUGCUUGCAGCACGGCACGCCCUGCGCCUCGCGGCCGCGCGUGCCGUCCAGGCUCAGGCCGCCAAAGUCGAGCUCCCGCGGCUGCGUCGUCGAUGGUGGUGGCAGCGGCGACUCGGUGGCCGUGGAUGACGACGAUGCCGAAUCCACAGCUCCGCCGCCGCCACCACCACCAUCACCAGGGAAUGCGGAAAACGCAAACGCCGCACACGUGCAGUUCCACGCGGCCAGGUGCACGACGUACGUCUUUUGCGUCUGCCGUUGCUGCUCGGCUGUGCGGCUGCGGUGGUGGCGGGGUUGUGGUUGUGCCGAGCGGACGUGGUAG